AUGAAUGAUAUCCUGAGACCGGAAUUGCUUUGGAUAGAGGGAAGGUGCUACAGAGUGCAUGAUCCAGCAACGGAAUUAACAGCUUUUCAGGAAUACGAUUUAUACGAAAAUGACACUCCAUUAAACGAAGUGGAUGAAGACGACGAUGACACAGCUUAUGAGAUAAUUAUGAUAGAUAGCAACAGAUAUACAACUAAUAUGCACGUUCCCAGGCAUUACAUUGGAUCAAUUAUUGGUAAAAAAGGUGCAACAAUCAGCCGAAUUGGUAGAGAUACAAAAACUGUUAUCAAAAUACCACGACAUGGGGAAAAUUCAGAUAUAUCUAUUUUCGGACCCAGUGCCACUAAUGUUAAAGCAGCCAUACGUCGGAUCAACAUAAUUGUGAUGGCAGCAAGAAUGAAGCAAAAACCCACACACUUCAUAUCAAUACCAAUGAAUGCGACUAAUAUAAUGGAAGGUUUUGAAAGAUUCAAAGUACAAGUCCUCAAAGAUUGUCCGAACAUAGAGGAGUCAUUGUUCAUUCGAUCAGCAAAACUACAUAUAACAUUGGGAGUUAUGUGCUUAAUGGACAAUGAAGAACGUCAGCUGGCAUCUAAACUGUUAUUGGAGGCAAAAGAUAAAUAUAUAAUGCCAAUAGUGAAAGACUAUCUGCCAUUGAAAAUCAGAUUAAAAGGCUUAUCAUAUAUGAAUGAUGAUCCCAAGGCCGUUGAUGUUUUAUAUGGCUGUGUUGAAGAAGUUGACGCCCCUUCAGGAAUAUUACAGCAAUUAGUUGACUCCAUAUUUAAUCACUUUAAAAAUGCAGGUCUAAUGCAUAGUUCUCAGAAUCAUGAAAAAGAUAAUAUUAAGAUGCAUGUAACUUUGUUGAAUUCAAAGUACAGACAGAGACAGCAGAAUUCAGAUUUAACAGAUAAUAAACAUAAAAGGGAGACUUUCGAUGGUUCUGAUGUUUUGAUGAAAUUUUCCGAUUAUGACUUCGGUGUUACGGAACUUCGUGAUGUGCAUUUAUCGCAACGUAAUACUUCAGGACCGGAAGGUUAUUACCUGUCAACUGUCAUUAUAUCUGUCAACUGA